AUGUUAGAAUUGCCUUUUAAGAAUCUCACACAUUUUGAAAAUGAGUUCAAAAAUGCUUUAAAAGAACUUUAAUCUACAGAAAGUACCCUUGAAACUCAAGCUGAAAAUAGGAAUUCUGUGAACUCAGUUUUUAUUUCAGGUUCAACCUUUGAACGAAUUAAAUCAGGUUCUAAGUCUAAAAGCUUUGCUUAUUUUCAAUAGAAAUAAGUUGAGAAAAUCAUUUAUAAAAGGUUCUUCAAUUUAAAAUAGCCUUUUGAAUAAAAUAGUGACUUAAUAUAUUAUGGUCAAUUUCAUAAUGAGAAAGCUCAUGGUUUUGGUAAAUUAGUUUCAAAAAAGUCUUCAAUUUUAUUUGAAGGACAUUUUAUCUUUGGAUAGAUCCAUGGUAAUGGAAGAUUAAUUUUGAGUAAAGGAGAUGUAUUUGAAGGAAGAUGGUUUUUUAAUAAAAUUUUAUAUGGAACAUAUUAUAACGAAUUAUUAAAGCCUAUAAUUGCUAUAAAAGAACUAUUUAUAGACUUUCCCUAAAUUCGAAGUUAGAAGAACUAUUAUGGAAAUCUUAUAAACAACAAAAGGGAAGGUUUUGGAAGAUAUUAAUGGAAUGAUGGAACAUAUUAUAUUGGAGAAUUUGUUGAUAAUAAAAUGUGUGGAUUUGGAAAGAUGAUAUAUUAAGAUGGAAGAAAAUACUUAGGAUAUUGGAAAAAUAGUGAAAUGGAUGGAUAUGGAGAAUUUGAAUGGCCUAAUGGAUAGGGUUAUAUUGGAUAAUAUAAUCGAGAUAAAAAACAUGGAUUAGGUAUGAUAAUUUUAGAUGGAAGAGUUGCAAUUGGAGAGUUUGAAAAUGGUAGAUCCUUCUCAAAAAGCAAAGAUUAUGAUUUUUGA